AUGGAUCACCAACAUUAUCAACCAAUCUGGCCGCUGGUCGAGGGCACAUACGACUACACAAUGAACCUGGCUGCCGAGCUCUGGACUAUGAUAUGGCCAGCGGGUGAAGCCCACCAAGCACAAGCCAAACGAGAAGUCGACUCCAAUGCUGCGAAGAAAGGGAAGCUUGCAGCUCGCCCAGAUACAGCGACUAUCGUUGAGGUAAACGGAGCAAGCAGCGCAUCAGUCGAGCGUCCUCCAGCGCUAGGAGCGCCAGGCAAGUAUCAUGCGGCUGCAGCGACGACACAGAAUGAGUGGGAGUAUACAGUUGAAAUAUUCGGUGGCUGGGAGCAGCCACCUUACGAAGCUCAACACACGACCUUCACCUUCAACAUACAACGAAUCACUACCCCUGUCAUAGCGCUGAUACAAAGUUCUGAUACAAGACUUCCACAAGAAUCACCAGCGUCCUCAUUAAGAAAUAUGAUGAAGUCAAAAAGGCUUGCCGAGCUAAACACAAGCCCCUCUUCCCAACGAAGUGAGUCCUAAGUGAGACAAAUGAGGCCACAAAACCACGUUACGCGAAAGGAGAUGGGAAAUCUGACUUCGGAAAAUCCUUGUGAAACAAAAGUCUUUUUUUUUCUAUUCGUUUCUCACGCUUUCUUUUUACCGCAGCAUGGUGGCAAGAACUCGAAUCUAUUCUGGAUAGCAGCAAGUAUGACAUUUACGCGAACCGAAUGGAUUUUGCGAU